CAGAAAAUGUCCCUUUGAUGGCGGGACGAGUGUCAACACUGUCAACCGUAUUCUUCAAAUCAUCUCGACAGUUUUAACAGAGUUAACAGCGCUUGACGAUUUUAUUAAUUCCAAUGCUGUAAACGACCAAUCUGAUUCUCACAGUUAAUCUAACGUACUUCCAGAAAUUUUAUGCAUGAAGAUCUCAGGGAUGCGACAUUAGAUGUGAGGACCCAACUAUAUGUAGUAUAGAAAUGGAUGAUCUUGAGCAACAAUGCGAAGACGUGGUAUUUGAGUUGUGUGACGCUAGAGAGAGAUAUCCAUUACUGUGUGCAAAAGAGCUUGAGAAGCUCAUCAAGCUUACCAAUGAAAUACAUAUGAUGAAAGUUCUUGUAAAGCCAGCAAAAAUUCUGGAUGUUCCAUCUUUCACAAACGAGCACUCAGCAAUGCUUAAAAAGAAUUUGUUGGAGACCACUGAAUUAUUGAAGACGCAAGAACAUAAAUUGCAAGUGAUGAUAGAUAAAAUUAAUAACUUGACAGUAACUUUAGAUCAGAUUAAGAGAGACAAGUUGUCUGAUAUGAAUAAGUUAUUAUGGGAUUAGAUGUAUUUUUUCUCUCUCAAUGUAAUAUCUCUC